GUCCAAUAUGACUCUUUCGUAUGCUACAAUGGUGUCAGUUCUGGUUCUUUUGCUGAUCCAGAUAUUGAUCAUAGAGUCAUCCUCUUCUAAAUGUGACAAAGCAUGUGGAAAGGCUAAAGAUACCUGCAACAAAGAUUGUGGCGGAGGGAACGAUUGUAUAAAGGAUUGCAAGGAGGAUUACAUGGAUUGCUGUGAAUGUAUGGUUGAAUGCGAAGCGGAUAAAAACAAGUGCAAGAGGAAAUGUGGGGAGGAGAGUGACCCCGGAGACAAAGCAAAAUGUGAACGAGAAUGCAAGAAAGAAUACACAGAAUGUCACACGGAUUGUGUGGAUGCUGAUUAGAGAUUUUUCUGUUCCGCUUGUUUUGUAUGUAGAACAUCAAUUUAGAUUAAAUGUUUUCUGUUA